GCAUGUCACGGCUGUGUGUGUUUACAAGCGGCAGUGAAGGAAAACGAAUCACUGCCCUGAUCGUUAGAGAGGCUAGCGGCGGAUCCAUCGGCUGCUGAUCGCUGUUUUUAUGCGCUGACGUGUCCAUGCGUUGACCUCCUCAGGCUCCCACAUAACUGCAAAUGAAUCUUCAGCUGCUUUGGUGUAGCUCAGCGCCCAGAUAGUCCCAUCCGUCUGUACGGGCGAUACGGGACUACGUAAACCAGGAUGCCAUCCUCUGGGAGGGCAGGGAGCCUAAAGGAUCCGGACGUGGCCGAACUGUUCUUUAAAGAAGACCCAGAGAAGCUUUUCUCUGACCUCAGAGAGAUUGGCCAUGGCAGCUUUGGGGCCGUCUACUUUGCACGGGACGUGCGAACGAACGAGGUGGUGGCAAUUAAAAAGAUGUCUUACAGUGGCAAACAGUCUAAUGAGAAAUGGCAGGACAUCAUUAAAGAGGUCAAGUUUCUCCAGAGGAUCCAACACCCUAACAGCAUAGAAUACAAAGGAUGUUACCUCCGUGAGCACACAGCAUGGUUGGUGAUGGAGUAUUGCCUUGGCUCAGCCUCUGACUUGCUUGAAGUCCAUAAAAAACCUUUACAAGAAGUUGAGAUUGCUGCCAUUACACACGGUGCUCUGCAGGGGCUGGCAUACCUUCACUCCCACAAUAUGAUUCACAGGGAUGUAAAAGCUGGUAACAUCCUGCUGACUGAGCCUGGCCAAGUCAAACUGGCGGACUUUGGCUCUGCCUCCAUUGCCUCACCUGCCAAUUCCUUUGUGGGAACACCAUAUUGGAUGGCCCCAGAGGUGAUUCUAGCUAUGGAUGAGGGCCAGUAUGACGGCAAAGUGGAUGUCUGGUCCUUGGGCAUUACCUGUAUAGAAUUAGCCGAGAGGAAGCCUCCACUCUUCAAUAUGAAUGCAAUGAGUGCCUUAUACCACAUAGCGCAGAAUGAGAGCCCCACGCUGCAAUCCAGUGAAUGGACGGAUUACUUUAGAAACUUUAUCGAUUCUUGCCUUCAGAAAAAUCCCCAAGACAGGCCACAUUCUGACGACAUGCUGGGUCACGCAUUUCUGCAGCGUGAACGACCAGAUUCGGUGUUGAUGGAUCUCAUUCAGAGAACCAAGGAUGCGGUGCGAGAGCUAGACAACCUGCAGUACCGCAAGAUGAAGAAGAUACUCCUUCAAGAGGCCCACAACGGGCCGACUACAGAGCCCCAGGAUGGAGAGGAGGACCUGGAGUUAGGCGGAGGUCGUACAGGAACGGUGAACAGUGUUGGCAGCAAUCAGUCCAUCCCCAGCAUGUCCAUCAGUGCCAGCUCCCAGAGCAGCUCUGUCAACAGCCUGAAUGAAGCGGCCCAAGACAGCCGCAGUGAGCUGGACUUAAUGGAGGGAGACCACACGGUUAUGUCAAACAGCUCAGUGAUACACGUCAAACCGGAGGAAGAGGAGAGUCUCUCUGGUGAGCAGGCAGCAAGCAGCGAACCUACCGAGCCACAGCCAGCUCCAGCUCAGGCCCAAAAGAAGCACUACCGCAACAGAGAGCACUUUGCUACGAUACGCACAGCAUCCCUUGUGACGCGUGAGAUGCAAGAACAUGAGCAGGACUCUGAGCUAAGGGAGCAGAUGUCAGGUUACAAACGCAUGAGGCGGCAGCAUCAGAAGCACCUGAUGGCCCUGGAGAACAAGCUGAAAGGAGAGAUGGAUGAGCAUCGGCUAAGGCUGGACAAGGAGCUGGAGAGUCUGAGGAACAAUUUCACUCAGGAGAUGGAGAAGCUGCUCAAAAAACACCAAGCUGCACUAGAGAAAGAUCUGAAGACAUUUGCCAACGAUGAGAAGAAGUUUCAGCAGCACAUCCAGGUGCAGCAGAAGAAGGAGCUCAGCAGCUUUUUGGAGUCGCAGAAGCGGGAAUACAAACUACGCAAGGAGCAGCUAAAAGAGGAACUGAGUGAGAACCAGUCGACUCCCAAAAAGGAGAAGCAGGAGUGGCUUUCCAAGCAGAAGGAAAACAUUCAGCACUUCCAGGCAGAAGAAGAGGCCAACCUGCUGAGGAGGCAGAGGCAGUACCUGGAGCUGGAGUGUCGCCGAUUCAAACGGAGGAUCCUAAUUGCCAGACACAAUGUGGAGCAGGAUCUAGCAAGAGAGGAGUUGAACAAGCGGCAGACGCAGAAGGAUCUGGAACAUGCGAUGCUGCUCAGGCAUCACGAGUCCAUGCAGGAGCUGGAGUUCAGGCAUCUGGCGACUAUCCAGAGGGCCCGCGCCGACCUGAUCCGAACCCAGCACCAGACUGAGCUCACCAACCAGCUGGAAUACAACAAGAGGAGGGAGAGAGAACUGAGGCGUAAGCAUGUCAUGGAGGUCCGACAGCAGCCUAAAAGCUUGAAGUCCAAGGAGCUUCAGAUUAAGAAGCAGCUGCAGGAGACGUGUAAGACACAGACACGGCAAUACAAAGCGCUCAGGAACCACCUGCUGGAGACCACCCCAAAAUCUGAGCAUAAGGCUGUUCUCAAGAGGCUGAAGGAGGAACAGACCAGGAAGCUGGCCAUCCUGGCCGAGCAGUACGACCACUCCAUCAAUGAGAUGCUAUCUACACAGGCGCUACGGUUAGAUGAGGCUCAGGAGGGUGAAUGUCAGGUUCUGAGGAUGCAGCUGCAGCAGGAGCUGGAGCUUCUCAACGCCUACCAGAGCAAGAUCAAGAUGCAGACAGACGCACAGCACGACAAGGAGAGGAGGGACCUGGAGCAGAGGGUGUCCCUGAGGAGGGCUCUGCUGGAGCAGAAGAUCGAAGAGGAAAUGCUUUCCCUCCAGAAUGAGCGUUUGGAGCGAAUCCGCUCCCUGCUGGAGCGCCAGGCUCAUGAGAUUGAGGCUUUCGACUCUGAGUCGCUGCGGCUGGGCUUCAGCAACAUGGUAAUCACCAACCUGGCUCCCGAUUCCCAAGGAGGCUGGGGGGGAGGAGGCGGUGGAGGAGGAGGAGGCGGUCAGGGGGGAAGCCAGUGGCCAGGAAGCAGCGGAGGCGGCAGCCAUCAUGGUCAUCACCAGGGGGGCUCCAGUUCGCAGCAGCCCUGGGGUCACCCUAUGCUUGCAGGCGGCCCGCCACCCUGGAGCCUUCACCAUCCUGGAGGAGGCAGUCAGAGAAGUAGUCAGGGAGGUGCGGGAGGGGUGAGGAACAGCCCACAGGCUAUGAGGAGGACGUCAUCAGGGGGGAGGAGUGAGCAGGGCAUGAGCAGGAGCGCCAGCAUCACCUCUCAGAUCUCCAACGGUUCCCACCUCUCAUACACCUAAAAAAAA